CCCCUGUGAGACACUUCUUCACGUUGGCUUCAACUCUCUACGUAGUAAGCGGAUGUCGGCGACGAACAACCUGCAAUGAGGGGUCGGAUAAGCCCGUAGGUAGCAUCGUCGAGGACGCACUAUGUAUUUGUGAUAGAUGCUCAAUACUUCACAGCUAUGUCUUCACAGGCAGGUACCCUGACCCCCCGCUCAGCCAAUGAGCUCAGUUGGAUUUAACGCGCCGACGCGUCUUGGAUGAACAAGACGAUGUUGGUCUGUAGCCAAAUGUAGUCAUCCCAAGCUAGAAUGGCUCAUGUGCCUUCCGUUGGCCCAUCCCACAGUACGACUAUAUAAGACUCUUGCACAUAAUUCUUCCUGUUUGUGUCACCCUUUCAUAUUCAUCCAUUUUUAAGAACCCCCAUCUGAUUUACAUCAAGUGAGUUUGACUGAAAAUCACUGCUGACGAACAGGAAGCUGACGACGUAGAAUGUGCACCCAGAUAACCACCAAGACCUCUUACACGGGUUGCCCCGAAACGUGCAACACAACCAGCACUUUCCUCGCGAAGUGCUCAGCCGCAAUCAGUUCGGGUACAACUUGCCCAAAUCCAACAUCAUCUACCACCGGCAAGACUACGUCCAGGGUUCAGUGUCCCCAACAUCGAGACGAAGGCUAUAGUCAGCGAUGAGUCUCCCGACUCAAACAUCGUCGGACAGAUGGUUUCCCAUAUAACGAGAUUGUGUGAAGGAGAUGCGGGUUCGCUGAAGUAGUUGGCUUCGUAU